AUGGCCACCCCCAACUACACACCCGAGCAAAUAUCCGCCCUCCGAGCUCUGCGCGACCGCCUCCGCUCUGCACAGUAUACCUGGGAAGUCCGGCAGCUGUUAAAGAAUACAGCUAGCGCUACAGGAAUUAAGCAACUACAGCUCGUACAAUGGCAGGAUGGGGAUAACAAUAGGAAAAACCUGCUGCAUUUUUUGGUGGACGAAAGGCUUGAAAAAGUAGCCAUCAUCCUCAUCGAAGUCUUCUGGAACCGGAAGGAAGAAGACCAGAGGCAGCUCAUGCAUAUCAUCACAUACCCAAAGUGCUACAUCGAUAGUCCUGAAGGUAGUGGGGACUAUACAGUUGAGCGUCUCGCGGAAGGACGAAACUGUGAGCAACUGGUGGACAUAAUAAGCCGGUUUCGUGAGCUGUGUCCUCAAGAUACGGGCGAAGAAGAUGAAGACGAAGAAGAAGAGACAGAAGAGGAGAGAGCAACGACAAUAGAACGUAUGAGACGUCUUCAACGACUAAGCACCCCUAUACCUCGAACUCCUUCUCCGUCAAAUGGUUCUCUUCCAACAGUUCCACUGGAACCCGCUAACUUUUCUCCACUGCAUGUGUUUACCACAACAAAGAAGAAGAAGAAGAAAACUCCUCUGCAUCCUCCUCGUGCUGCGCGACCAGUUAGUUCUAGUCCUCGCAGUACUCCUCCUCUAGCUAGAGGCGGUACCCCUGUAGAAAUAACAAUCUGGAGCUCUCCCCCUCCUCUUUCUCCUUCUCCUGCUGCAGCAACACAGACGCCUACUCUCCUGCGUGGUUCUUCUGGUGCUCAUGACGAUCAACCUCAACCUAGUACCCCGCCGCCUUUCAUACCUUCUACUCCCCCUCCAGCCCCAGGGGCACGAGAUACUCCACUUUGGUAUCCGCCCUCGGAUCACUCGGAGCACUCAGAGCACUCAGAGCCAGAGCCAGAGCCAGAACGGGAUGAACAAAGAGUAAGAGAGGGUCAACGGAUUCAGAGACACUCACCACUACCGCCGCCGGGCAGUUCUGUGCCUGUCUUGCCUGAACGGACACCUGAGCCUGUCACUCCGGUACAGGACUUGAGGAGCGUAGAUGAACUGAAACCCGGGUACUGGGGAGUCAAUAUGUACGCAGAAGAAGAAUGA